CACGAACUAUCACGUACAUGUUAUUCCGACACGACAGUACCCCGUUUUUCGUUGUUGAUCGACGUCCUCCUCGACGGCCGUUACGUUAUCACUAAAUAUUAUGUACUGAAUAAAACGCGUCACUAUUUUACUGAGAUAAAUUAAAUGUGAGUUUUUUUAUUUUACUCAGCCUAAAAUUAUCACUGGCACUACUAACAGAUAACAAUAUCACUACCAAUAAUACUAAUAAAUAAAUAAAUAAAUAACCAAUAACAGUAAUAAUAAUAAAUGAUAAUGAUAAUAAUAAUGAUGAUGAAUUGUAUGAGUGCAUUGUCACAAGAUGCCUUGCGUUAAAUUACAAGUGAUGCUGAAAAUUAAGUGAUUUUAAAAAUGAGUGAUCUGAAAUAGACCGUGAAUUUUUUUUAUUAAAUUUUUAUUUUAACCACUGGCGUCACUUGUUGUUGCUCAUUUUAUUUUUUUAAAACAUUUUUUGGAGUUUAAGGGUGUGGUGGUUUAUUAAUUUGUUUUCACUCUAAUUUAAAAUUCAAAAUGUUUUUUUUUAGUGAAUUAAAGUAAAGAAAAAAAAAUUACCUGAGCUGGAUGUAAAAUAAUUAUGUGUAAUAAUUAUAGGUAAUUUUUAUACAUAAUUGUAAUUAUUGACGAGCGUAUAAUUGACGAAAAUAAAUUAGCCUCGGGACUCAAUGACCUGAUUGACAUCCUCGUGCGUUAAUGAAGCUCCGCUGUUUUGAAUCGUCGAUGGGCGUGCGGGGGUGACUGGAGUGAUGGGAUGGGGCCAGAGCCCCAUGGAGUUCGGGUAGACCCGUCUCCGGCCCAGCUCCCCAGCCCCCUCCGCCAUCGCAACCGCCACCACUCGUGCAAGCGCCGAAGAGGGCCACCUCGUACGCGAUGGAGGCUCACACUACUCACCAACACCAACGCAAGGACAAGGUGCCACGAGUUCAUAGACCUUGUUCCUUUGAUAAGAUGGAGGAGCUGGUGCGGAAAAUGCAAGACGCGGAGAACGGUGUUCCCGUGGGCAGCCAAAAACAAUUCCUCACAUCAAUUCCCUCGGCGUUUAUGGGCUACGACCUUAUAGAGUGGUUGAUGGAACGUCUUAGCAUCGAAGAAACAGGUAAAAAUAACUGUAAAAUUUAUUAUUAUUAUUACAAUGUACAAAGUACGUGUUAUAUUGCAGAGGCGGUUCAUCUGGCGAAUCAAAUCUGCCAGUACGGCUACUUCUUUCCGGUAAACGACUCAAAGACUCUUACUGUCAAAGACGACAGUUCUCUCUACAGGUUCCAGGUGCCAUACUACUGGCCAUGGCAGCACAGGACACCCGACAAUGUCGAGUAUGCUAUUUAUUUAGCUAAACGUACACUGAGAAACAAGCAGCGUCAUGCGCUCGAGGAUUAUGAGAUUGAAGCACUGACUAGCUUGAGAAAAAACUUGGCAAACAAGUGGGAGAUAAUUCAAAUGCAAGCUGAAGAACAAGUGCGUUUAUUUAAAGAACGUAAGAAAGGAGAUAAGAUUGUUAGUGACUCGCAAGAGCGUGCAUUCUGGAGAGUUUACAGACCACCGCCAGGAUACAUGAGCAGUCUGGAAGUGCCACCGGUUCCGACGAGAGCACGACCUGGCACGAGACCAACUGUGCGAAAGCGAACACUUACAGACAUACAGCGCGAGGUCGAGUUACUGAGAAACAGUCUGACACGCACUAGAAUAAAAGUAUCCGCGGCGAUUGAAAAUAUAAAGAACUACUUUGAAACUUAUAUGGACUAUGACCCGAUGAUUGUGCAGCCGCUGCCGUCAAACCCCUGGAUCAGCGACGACCAGACCUUCUGGCAGAUAAACAGCCCGAUCGUCGAGGUCCCCACGGAAAAACGGGUUAAGAGAUGGUCCAUUUCGCUGGAGGAGAUCAUGUCCGACCCCACGGGUCUCCAGGAGUUCACUAAUUACCUGCGCAAGGAGUACAGCCACGAGAACAUCAGGUUCUGGUUGGCUGUCAAGGACCUCAGGCAUUGUUUCCAGGCACAAAUUCCCGAGAAAGUUACUGAUAUUUUUAGAGAGUUUUUAGCGCCCGGAGCGCCGUGUGAAAUAAAUAUCGAUGGUAAAACAAUGGAUCGAGUUCACCAGGAAAUGAAAAAUCCCAGUAGAUUUACAUUUGACGCAGCUGCUGAACAUGUAUAUACUUUGCUGCUUAAAAAGGAUUGUUAUCCCCGAUUUAUACGCUCGGAUCACUACCGUAAUCUUUUGGCAGCUGGUAUACAGCCAUUGCAAAAAAAACGGUUCUUUGGGUUCGGCGGGCAAGCGAAGAAGAAAACCGCAACAUCAUCAUCAGGGGGUGCGCUGCAGGGGAACAUGAGCAGCGUAAGCGGCGGCAGAAGACGAGGGAGCGAUCGCAGUCUCUCGGGAUCAGCUCACGAGCUUGCAGUUUGCGGUGUCCGGGAUGUCACCGCUGCCCCCAGGGUUCCUCACUCCCACAGUCAAUCGAAUCUCACUGACAUACCUUACAGGGAUGCUGGUGGAGCGGAGGGACCUGCAGUUCGCCAUAUGGACGACGUAUGUCCGUGGGACGCGGCGCCAGGGCCGAAUGUCGAGUCCGACGUCGCUGCGGGAACGUCAUCAGGCUCAACUGACGAAAGCACCGGGUGGCCGUGUCCGAGUGUCAGCGGCGUCAGCACCAGUGGAAUUCCCUUGCCGAUAGAAACUUCUUCGAGAACGUCUAGGAAAAAUUCAUCCCAACUAGACUCCUGCAGCUCCUCGUCGGACGUCAGUCUGGCGAUCGCGGAAGCUUCUGAUCGGCUGAGAAAAACCUGCGGCCUUCAGCACUCGAUCAGCAUAACGACUCCAAGUAUUACGCGGAACUACUCAGUCUCUAGUGUCACCACAAAAGUGAAGCUCGCCGACACCAGCAGAGCUGCGGUAAACUUCACGACACCCCAGCAGUCAUUUGAUUUGCCCCACUACCAGCACCACCAUCACCAUUACCACCAUCACUCCCAUCAGCAGCUUGACGUCAAAACUGUACCCGAAGAAGUUGAAACUAAAAACGACUCGGAUGUCAAAAGUCCUAAAGACUCGACCAAGCCGCCUGUUGCAAUGGCGCCGCUGAUAAGCAUCAGCGCGAUUGUUGGUGAACUAACUGGAGACUCGGUCGAUUCGGAGCAGAGUAUUGACCUCGAAUCAGUUCCCGAUGACAGCACUGCUGAUGUGUCGACUCUCAGACAAGAUAAUACUGCGACAGAACCCAGUUCUAUUUGUUCAGAUGCCGCUGAUGUUGUUGAAGAAGCUCAGGUUGUUCCUGUGUGGGUUCCUGAGGACAAUCAGCAGUCACAGUCACAGUCCCAACCACCCUCGCAGUCACAGUCUGCCGCUAGUGCUCCAAAGGAAAAGCAAGACAAUAAUGUUAAUGAAGUUUGUCCUUGGGAAGAUGAAGAAAAUUGUAAAGUGGAUACGCCAUAUGUAAAGACCUACGCGACCUUAGGUUACUUGUAAACCCCAUAAACCAACUUACGAGAGAGUUAAUUAAUGCACUAACCACCUAAACUGUUUUACACGCUAAUCGCACAUGGAUUACACGUUUAAUCUCGAUGGAACCGCCAUCACGCGGCUGAUCUCAAGUGUCUUAAUUCUAGGUUCGAUAUUAUUAUCAUUAUUACUAUUAUUAUUAUUUAUAACCAUUAAUUAAAAUUAUCUCUGGCGGAUCUAAUAGUACAGUAGGUCUACUACAAUUUACGGUAGAUCUUCUGGAAAAUUACGGUAAAUUUACCGUAAAAAAGCAGGUAAAGCUUUGAUCGCUUAUGAUAAAGCAGCCGUAAACAUUUUGUUAGGCCGUAAAUUCCGAAAAUUCAAGGGUAAUUAAUAUUCUUACCGAAUUUAAAAGUAGACUUACCGUAAACUUACGGUAUUUUUUACUGGAACUUACGGCUAUUGAUGAUCGCACAAAUAUUUACCGCCUUUGCAGAUCUGAAUUACAGUAAAUUACCGGAUUUUAUCGCAAAAUAUCGUAAUUUGGGUCUGCUAUGGCGUCUUUUUAUCGUAGUUCUACCGCAAAUUUACUGUAUUCGUACAGUCAUGCUACAGUAGAAUUACGGUCGGUUACGGUAUAUAGCUCUAGUACCGUAAUUUUACCGUAAUGUUGGUCCGCCAAAGAAUUUUAUUUAAUUUAAUUUAUAAAUAAAAGUAUUUUAUGAACGAAGGUACUGGAAACUCGGCCUACUUUUAAAUAACCACAAUGAUAUUUAAAAUUUUUCGAAAGAUACUUACAUAUAUUAUCAUAUAUUAGAUAUACUAUACAUACUUGUAUCAAUAUACAUAAAUUUAUGAAUGUUACCGCAAAUAAAAUGGCGGCUAAUAUCAAUAUAUUGAGGUUGCAUCUUAUUUGUCAGUAGAUUGUUGUGCAUUAGUUGUAAAUUGUCUAGGAAAUUGUUUGAGAUAUAAAUUAGUUUGUGUAAAGUAGAUUAUCGUACUAAGGGUGACGCAUUUGAAAAAGCAAAUGCCAUUAUUGUAUUACUAUUGCUGUUAGUCUUGCUCUUGCUCUAGCUCUUAGUGAUUUAAUUAACCAAAACGUUUGAAGGUUAAUUGAUUAAUCAAAGGAUUAUUGAUUGGAUGCGCUUUGAAGGGGAUUGUUGAUAUGAGCCCUUUGACCUCCCCCUUAAAUCGCACCCCCAAUUAAUUUCACAAGUGAGACACAGUUCAGGAUAAAAAU